CUGUGUUGCUUGCUCCUGCCUGUGACUGACUCCUGCGUCUUGAGGUUUCACACCCCACAGAGUGACAGUCAUGGGGCUCCACUUCAUUAUCCUUCGGUAAAGGAAUCAUACAGGUUUGGUGUCUGUCUCUUUCCUUAGUAGCCUACAAUUGAAGAUGUUGGCACACUUCUGUUACUUAGCUGUCGUUUCUCAAGGGAUUUUCCUCCAGUCUCUUUUCCUUAUUUAAAAAAAGUACUUUCGGAGGUUGGGGCUGCAAUGCUCUGACAAUGUUCAAAACACACCAUCAGAAAUGCGUUCAGGUCGACGAACCCUAUUCCUGAUGUGGAACUCUUGCAUCCUCUGCUGACAGAUAAUGGAAAUACCGGUAGUGGAAUCGAUUACUCUUUGAUCAACAGGAGAAAGUCAUGCCUGGUUGACAUUUUCGACGCUCCGCAGUGGACGUCAGAACCAGAGCGACAGUUAGCUAUGUGGAUAGCUACAGGCAUGUACUUGAUUCAAAUAUGGACAAAAAGAGGUUUAAUAUCAACCUAGACGACUCUGCCUUCACAAAAGAAAGAGCCCCGGUGAAACCCCUGUUCCAGCCCUCCUCUAAGGCAGGCCAGAGUGCAUCAUCAUCAUCAUCAUCAUCAUCAACCACCUCUGAGACCAAAGCUCAGCCUGCACCCCCGUCGUCUGCUGGCCAACCACUAUCCUACGCAGAGUUCAUUGUCCAGAGCAAAGGCCAUGCACCUCAGCGAGUCCCCUCAGCUUCACAGAGAGUGGAGCUGUCCAGGGCUGCUGCAGGAACGGGGACAGGGAUAGAUACAGAGACUGGUAGUUUGAAGCAGGGUCCCAGUCAAGGAGCACAAGGUGGGCCUGAUAUGACGUCAUCGUCCUCUGUGGGGUGUGAGAGGCCUCGGGCCCAGGGGACAAAGGAUCCGGGGUCUGGUGGACCACCAGGGGUUACACAGGGAGAGGAGGGGCAGAGGGCUGGGACUGAGCAGAAGCAGGGGGAGGGUCAAGGGUCAGAGGGCAGCAACAUCCUAGGUCAUCCUAAACCAGUGGGGUCUGGUAAUAGUAUCAUAGUCAGCCCCAGACAGAGAGGAAACACCAUUCUGAAAUUUGUGAGGAGUGUGCCGUGGGAGUUUGGAGAGGUGGUCCCCGACUAUGUUCUGGGACAGACGACCUGCGCUCUCUUCCUCAGUCUGAGGUACCACAACCUCAACCCCAACUACAUUCACGACCGUCUCAAACUGUUGGGCCAGACCUUCACCCUCAGGGUUCUACUGGUGUUAGUUGAUGUGAAAGACCCUCACCAUUCUCUGAAAGAGCUGGCUCGUAUCUGCAUCAUGGCUGACUGCACUCUCAUCCUGGCCUGGAGUCCAGAGGAGGCGGGGCGUUACCUGGAGACGUACAAGUCCUAUGAGAAGAAACCAGCUGAUCUGCUGAAGGAACAUGUGGAGAAAGACUACCUGUCGAAGGUGACGGACUGUCUGACCACUGUGAAGUCUGUCAACAAGACUGACUCGAUCACUCUGCUGUCAACCUUCUCUUCCUUAGAGGGGAUCAUCACUGCAACUAAAGAGGACCUGGUUCUCUGUCCUGGACUGGGACCCCAGAAGGCCAGACGUCUCUAUGACGUGCUACACCAGCCCUUCCUCAAGGCCAAGAAGAAAGACAGCUGACCCACAGACAGUCCUUACUACUCUACUGUGGACCUUUCUCCUCAGCAGGGAACUGGCUUCCAUAAGUGCCCACUAUCCUAAGGACUGUUUCAACUGUAAUGUUGUUGUUUUUUUGCAUUUGUAUAAAAAUAAAACACAAGAAAAUAGAUCUUGAGUCAAUAAAUGUUAGAAUCA